AUGGAAUGGAUUGGGAACUCAACCAAUGGCUUGAGGAUUGAGGACUCACGACGAGAACGUGCAGAAAAUCCUCUGGCACAUUCACAGGAUAGGAAUCUGAGAAAGUAUCCGGCAGUCUUGGUGACGGAUCAGAGGACUUUUAAUCAAAAGACGUCAACGGCUUUUGAUCUUCGAACACACCUGCAUAACCACCCUUUUCCACUAGAAGCAAUCCCCACUUCUUUUGAUAGAGAGAUUAAACUUGGCUUGGAGUCAUCUUCGCCAGCUUCAGGUUCCCGUCCUCCGAUUUCCAUCGAUUCGCAACAGGAUCUAUCUUAUUCUUUGAUGAGCGACCCGCUGUCCUCUUCUAGUGGUAAUUCUCAAGCUCAAACGAUGUCGGUAACGGAUUUUCAGGCGGAGGCUAACUCAUUAAGCCUCUUGAAUUUUGACGGAGUACAUGACUUUCGGUGUACGGACGAAAACUCGGGUUGUUCUGAUCUCGGUUUCAGGGACAUGGCCUUUUUUGAUUCAGAGGAACUGUUAGUGGAGUAG